UUUUAAUUUGCCUAAAUGAGUCGAUACGAGGGUAAAAAAAAAAUUCGUGGAAAUAAAAAAUAUGUCUUCGAAUCGAAUACUCCUCCUCUCUUCGCAAACGGAUCACGAACGUUACCUCGUUCUUUCUCUAUUUUAUCUACAUAUAUAUAUCUAUCCUUCUUCUUUUCACGUUUCUUCCCCUCGAGUAGUUUCGAAUCGACGCCUCGAACGUUAAUCAUCGACCCAAUAAUAAACAUAAACGCGCGAUCGUCACUUGUAAUUGCAACUAAUCGCCGUUCCGUGUUUUCUCAUCCAAUUUUAGGUAAGGAGAAACUGGGCGUGCCACAAAGCGAGAAUGUAUCCGUAGUGUUGGAGUCGGACGGUACACAAGUGGAGGACGGGGAAUACUUCAAAACCCUAGCGAAUAAUACGAUCCUAUUGUUGCUAAGGCAUGGUGAACGUUGGUGUCCAACUGGAGUCGACAUCAUACGCGCUGCGAUUUCGGCCAUACCUAAAAUAGUCUGCGAAACAAUCCACGCCCUGGAGCUACACGAUGAGACACCCUCGUGGAAGAUCAUGGACAAUAAAGGACGAGUCACGGUGGUGCUACACUGGGACCAGCGUUCAUCCACGUCGUCUCAGGCCCAGCAACAGCAGAAAGGUCAAGACGUGCAGACUUCCAAGUAUUCGCCGACUAAGAAAACCGAUCUGAGUCAGCGGCCACCCCUGGUCAUCCAGACAAGCCUGGACAAGCUCAACUACGGGGGGAAGCUGGGACAUCUGACGGCCGAGGUCGGCCCCAGCCGUUACACCAGCCCCCACAUCACUGUGAUAAAUCAUGACGACAUGCAGCAGCAGCCGCAGCUGCAGCCCCAGCCCCAGCCCCAACCCCACGGGAUCCCGGGCCGCCUGGUGAAGCAGGGAACCAACUCGUUCGACAGCACCACCAUUCAUAUCCACACGCCCGAGUGUUCGAACCACAUCCACCAGCCUGUGACGAGGAACGGGAGCCCCGUGAACGGGGCGGACGGUGGGGCGGCCGGGGAGUGCGACUUCCACUGCUGCGCCCUCCACGAGGAGGGGCGCAGGAUCGCGGUGCACAAGUCGGUGGCCACCUCGCCUAUCCAGGACGCCCAACACCAGCAGUACCAACAGCAGCAGCAGCCGCCUCAUCAUCAUCCUCCCCAGCAGCAGCAGACCCAGACCCAGACGCCAUCCCCCCAGCCGCCCUCCUCCCUGUCGGACGGGACGAGGCGAACGGGGCUGAGCAAAGGGCACGUGAGAUUCUGCGACACGGCGGACGAGGAGUCGAGCUCCCGGUUGGCGGGCAACUCGGCAACGGCCAGCUUUCAUCUCCACCAUCACCACAAUCAUCACCAGGAGCACGACAGCUCCGAGUCCGAGACCGAGAACACGAUCAUGGAGGACGAGAUCGUCACCUCGGAGAAAUUUUUACUGCUCAUCGACCAGCUCACCGUAGACCAGAAGCACUUAAGCAUCAAGGACAUAGGGAUCAUCCUGGAGCGGCUCAGCUCGAAGAUACUGGACGUGGAGCGGCUCGACAGGGAGAGCGAGAGCGAGGAGUGUUACAACUGGACGAUCAAGGCUAUCAUUAGGGGAGACGUGUUGAGGGAGCUCGGGGUUAUUUACAACGGGAAUUACUACGCGAUCUCGGAACACCCCGGAUACAAGGAGGAGUCCGAGGAGAAUAACGAGGAUAACGAGGAGGAGGAGGAGGAUAGACUUUAAUAUGAUGCUGUUUUACUAGAUAGAUAGAUAGAUAGAUAGUUAGAUAGAUAGAUAGAUAGAUAGUUAGUUAGUUAGAUAGAUAGAUA